AUGUCCUUAGGAGCAGUAUCCACAAUUACCUAUGUGCAAACUAGGAAACAACGCACGAGACAUGUUCAAGUCUUUUGCUAUCUGAGAGGGUCACUGGGGACGAUGGCCUUGAAGCAGUUCUCCAAAAAGGAGGAAUUCGAGCGCGUAAACAUGUUGUUCACAAUGCAGAAUAUUCCUCCAAGUUCUUAUGAUUUACAACUACGUACCCUGAAGCCCUGGUUCCACCGCCGCCUUGUCCCAGACAUGGAUCUGAAGCCCAGACUGAGUCGACAGAGCUGA